GAGUAAUGCCAGAUACUGAGAUGGAGAUGAUUCUUAUGAACGCUUUUGGAAAAUACAGCCAUCCCAUUCGAAAAUAUGCCAGAAUGAUGUACUGGAUGCCGAAAUUCAAGAAUGCAUCUCCAUGGAGUCUACCAGAUAUAGUUUCCAAUGAUGCAUUCGAAUUAGCAAAACUGGCAGUGGCUCGCAUGUGCACAGUUGACUCCACAUCCAAGAUCACUGUAUAUGAUACCAAAGAUGUUGAAGAUGCAGUAGAUGACACUUGGAUAGUUAGUGGCCAGAGUGUUAUACAACAAGAACUGCUAGAGAAGCUUCAACAUGGAGAGCCUAUCAAGGUUGAGGGCCCUUUCCGAAUAUUUAUACGUGAUAAGUUAGUUGGGUACUACAUUCUUAGAGCUGAAGCUAGACCUCCACCUGAGCCACAGAAAAGAGAAGAUACUGAUGAUGUUGGGUCUAUGAAAUUCUGGUUCACUGGUGAAAUUGAAGAAGAUGAUACAGCAGUUGCUGUUCCCCAAAGUGUACAUGAACAAGAUGAUGGUGUUAUUCUUGCAAUAUGUGCAACAGGUACAUCGAGCCGUGACUCUUUGCUGUCAUGGAUACGAUUAUUGGAAGCCACCAACCCCAACAUUUCCAAUUUGCCUGUGUUGUUCACACAGGCCAGUCCAGUUGGGGAAGUUAUGGUGUCAGAUGAACAAGCUGAGGGGCAGGUAGAAACAGCAGCGUAAUAUAUGAAUUCUUUCUAUGCAGACACUUUUUAUAUACAAAAUAGAAACUGUAAAGUGAAAAGGCUUUAAAAAAAAGAAGCUAUUCCUGUGUAUAUAUAUUUUUUCCAAUAAAGCCUGAAAUGAA